CCAGGCCACAGUUUUAAUACUAUGUUGGAACAAAAGUCUGCAUACCAUGUUGGUACCUAGGACCAGAAGUCAAACAUGAUUGAUAUUGAAUUUGCCAAUCUGGUUGUGCACAUUGCACUGGAUGACUUCUCAGACAGGUUUUCUGCCAUAAUUUAUUGGGUGUCAGGCUAUGGAACUGACAGUUUCUCAGUCAAGUGUCAACUCUCCAUCAAGGACAUAUGCAAAUGCAUUCUGAAAGCUAUUUGGAAGUCCACUAUUGCAAUUUAUUUUAUCCUGCCCUAACGGGAAUCGCAGGAGACAUCUAGUGGCAAAUAUUGUUGCACAAUACGGUAAACCAAAUGACUGGUGGUACAUUUUCUGCAUUCACUGUUCACAUGAAAAACCACAACACUCAUUAUUUUGGAAUGUCAUUAUAGCAUGGUUGUACAUUUAAAAAAAAAAAAAUUAAUUAGACUAGCCUGAAGUACUGCACAUUGUGGAUGCCUGAAUGACCAUAAGGAGCUUUAAACGGUCCAAUGUAGUCAUCUCUCAAUAUCAAAUCAUUUCUGGGUAAAAAUUAAGUACCUUACUGUGAUUGUUUCUUUUUGACCAUUUUAAUUUAAAACGAAGUGUUUCUUAGCAAGAGCAGACAAACUUCAUCCCACCAAAAGAAGUUGACAUUUCAGGCUGUCUUUUCAAACAGCUCUUACACUAAAAGGGCAUUAUCAUAAUUUGACAGUUUUCAGAGUACUAUUCCAAGCUCAUAGUUUGGAAAUAUUUUUCAAACAAUCACGUUUUUGACUGCACCUGGGCCUUUAACGCAAUGACGUCAGACUACUACAUAUAGUGUGUUAUUAUUGCUAACAUCGUUUGUUAGUGGCGAAUAGCGCCUACUAGCGGAUGUCCAGGCUAGCUAUAGUGCUGCAAAUAAACUUAUAAAUUGUCAUUAGUUGUAUUUGUCGUGUCAACGACGAUGCAGGAACUAUUUACUCAUUGCAUAAACAACAAAACCACCGAGUUUUAAAAAUGUUUCAUACUAAACAAUCUUUGCAGAAACUCCCGAAGUCCUGCUCUGCAAUUAUUACGGUUAACCAUGGUGACUCCGUUCUGUCGUUCCGUCCAUUUGCUUUAAAAGACCCUCUUUUGAGUACUUGUCCUAAACGCUAGCAAACGAGCGGAGCGAUAGGAUCGGAGACAUCAAGGGAUAGCGGAAUCAUUUAAAGGAAUUUUCUACGAUACAGACAAUUUUGACAUUGUGUCUGUGGUAACUAGUGGAAAACUAGUUUCCGUCCUUCAUCCAACGAGUGAGCAAACCAGCAUUAGCAUCUCAAUAAUCCUUCUGUCAACCUGAGUAAAUACAGAUUCGUUGGAGAAUUCGCCAGUGUUGGACUCCCUGGCAAUAUGACGCUAUUUCAUUUCGGGAAUUGCUUUGCCUUGGCUUAUUUCCCCUACUUUAUCACCUACAAGUGCAGUGGACUAUCAGAAUACAAUGCAUUCUGGAGAUGUGUUCAAGCAGGAGCUACCUACCUAUUUGUGCAGCUAUGCAAGAUGCUAUUUCUAGCCACUUUCUUCCCCACAUGGGAGGGAGGAGCUGGUGUGUAUGACUUUGUUGGUGAGUUUAUGAAGGCCACGGUGGACCUAGCAGACCUUCUGGGCCUGCAUCUGGUCAUGUCCAGGAACGCAGGGAAGGGAGAGUACAAGAUCAUGGUGGCAGCGAUGGGAUGGUCCACAGCAGAGCUCAUUAUGUCAAGGUGUAUACCUCUAUGGGUGGGUGCCAGAGGCAUUGAGUUUGACUGGAAGUACAUACAGAUGAGCUUCGACUCCAACAUCAGCCUGGUGCAUUAUAUCGCCAUGGCAGCAGUGGUGUGGAUGUUCACGCGGUACGACCUCCCGAAGAGCUUCCGUCUGCCUGUGACUGUACUGCUAGGGCUGUGUGUAUACAAGGCCUUCCUCAUGGAGUUGUUUGUCCAUGUGUUCCUGCUGGGGAGCUGGACAGCCCUCCUGGUGAAGGCGGUGCUCACUGGAUCCAUCUCCCUCUGUUCUCUCUUCCUCUUCGUCACACUGGUGCACAGUAACUGAGACUGGCUGCGACCCCAAACAAAGAGGGUCUUUAACACACACAGGGCCUUUCAACCAGACUUUGCCUGUAAAGAUUAAUUUUGUAUCGCUCAGAAAGAGGGCAGGAAUGUGAGCAUUCAUGAUUUGACUUUUUUUAAUGUUAUGAUACUACUUUUUUAUGUAUGAUUUAUUAUUGUGCUGAAUUAGUACGGUAGAUUGAGUAUUUAUAACAAGUGGAUGAAAGUGGAUGCCUCUUAAGCAUUGUAGUACAGUUACUAAACUACUUUAACAUCUAAGCUGAUGGUACAAUACUGUUGUUACUCUGUGUGCUCACCUGCAUUACUGCAGAUAUGAAAGAGAUUAACUUUAUCUCAUUCGACAUGAUGAAAUACAAAUGUUGGUGCACUUGUCACAUGACUGAAGCAGCAUAAUGGCGUACUUAUGUUGUCGUAAGAUUACAUAAAACAUGGUAGCAGUGGGUUAUCCUACUCUAUGGAAACUUAGUGAGGUGUGAGUGAAUGGCCAAUAAAUUACUUAAUAUGCUA